GCGCGUCCGUCGCGAGCAGCCGGGUCGGGGGGAAGCCAGCGAAGCCGAGUAAAGCCGCCGCCCGGGACAGGACUGAAGCAGCAGUUGCCGCCGUUGGCGGCGGCCCGGGCAGUUUCCGCUGCUGCUACGGCUGUUGCCAUGCGGCGAGGCUAGGGAGGACCUCACUCCCCCGGGGUGUAAUGAUGUUAACAGAGGCCAGUCUAUCCAUAUGGGGAUGGGGAAGCCUUGGCAUUGUCCUUUUUCUAAUAACCUUUGGACCCUUUGUGAUAUUUUAUUUGGCAUUUUAUAUCCUCUGCUUUGUGGGAGGGGGCUUAGUGGUUACUCUUCUGUAUGGGAAAACUAACUCAGAAAAAUACCUAGAGCAGUGUGAACACUCGUUUCUUCCUCCAACAUCAUCUGGGGUUCCUAAGUGCUUAGAAGAAAUGAAACGAGAAGCCAGGACUAUUAAGAUUGACAGAAGAUUGACUGGUGCCAAUAUAAUUGAUGAGCCUCUCCAGCAAGUUAUCCAGUUCUCCUUGAGGGAUUAUGUCCAGUACUGGUAUUACACAUUAAGCGAUGAUGAGUCAUUUCUUCUUGAAAUUAGGCAAACUCUUCAAAAUGCACUCAUCCAGUUUGCUACUAGGUCAAAAGAAAUAGACUGGCAGCCUUAUUUUACUACACGCAUUGUAGAUGAUUUUGGAACUCACCUACGAGUAUUCAGAAAGGCUCAACAGAAAGUAACAGAGAAAGAUGAUCAAGUAAAAGGUACAGCAGAAGAUCUGGUAGAAACCUUUUUUGAAGUUGAAGUUGAAAUGGAGAAGGAUGUUUGCCGAGAUCUAGUGUGCACUUCUCCCAAAGAUGAAGAAGGAUUCCUAAGGGAUUUGUGUGAGGUUUUAUUAUAUUUAUUGCUACCUCCUGGAGAUUUCCAGAGCAAGAUCAUGCGAUACUUUGUCAGGGAAAUCCUUGCACGAGGAAUUCUUCUUCCAUUAAUAAAUCAACUCAGUGAUCCUGAUUAUAUUAAUCAAUAUGUCAUAUGGAUGAUCCGUGAUUCAAAUUGCAACUAUGAGGCCUUUAUGAACAUUAUUAAAUUAAGUGACAAUAUUGGAGAGUUAGAAGCAGUCAGAGAUAAGGCAGCAGAAGAGCUACAGUACCUUAGAUCUUUAGAUACAGCCGGUGAUGAUAUUAACACUAUCAAAAAUCAAAUAAAUAGCUUAUUAUUUGUAAAGAAAGUAUGUGACUCAAGAAUACAGCGGUUACAGUCAGGCAAAGAAAUAAAUACUGUGAAGCUAGCAGCAAACUUUGGGAAACUUUGUACAGUCCCCUUGGAUAGCAUUCUUGUAGACAACGUUGCACUACAAUUUUUUAUGGAUUAUAUGCAGCAAACUGGAGGCCAAGCACAUCUCUUCUUUUGGAUGACAGUGGAAGGGUACCGGGUCACAGCCCAGCAGCAGCUAGAGGUUCUCUCAAGUCGUCAGAGAGAUGGCAAACAGCAGACUAACCAAACCAAAGGUCUUUUAAGAGCAGCAGCUGUUGGAAUUUAUGAACAGUAUUUAUCUGAAAAGGCUUCUCCAAGAGUUAUUGUUGAUGACUAUUUAGUAGCAAAAUUAGCAGAUACUUUGAAUCAUGAAGAUCCAACUCCAGAAAUCUUUGAUGACAUACAAAGAAAGGUAUAUGAAUUGAUGCUACGAGAUGAAAGAUUUUAUCCUUCCUUUAGGCAGAAUGCACUUUAUGUGCGAAUGCUAGCUGAGCUCGACAUGUUAAAAGAUCCUAGUUUCAGAGGAUCAGAUGAUGGGGACGGAGAGUCUUUUAAUGGAUCUCCUACAGGAAGCAUAAAUUUGUCUUUAGAUGACCUUUCAAGUGUGACUUCUGAUGAUUCUGUACAACUUCAUGCCUACAUUUCAGACACUGUAUAUGCUGACUAUGACCCAUAUGCUGUGGCAGGCGUUUGUAAUGAUCAUGGCAAGACAUAUGCCCUAUAUGCCAUCACUGUACACCGGCGCAACCUAAACACUGAAGAGAUGUGGAAAACCUAUCGGCGUUAUAGUGACUUCCAUGACUUCCACAUGAGAAUCACUGAGCAGUUUGAAAAUCUGUCAAGCAUAUUGAAGCUUCCUGGCAAAAAGACUUUUAACAAUAUGGAUAGGGAUUUUUUAGAAAAGAGGAAAAAGGAUUUAAAUGCCUAUUUGCAGUUACUCUUGGCUCCUGAAAUGAUGAAGGCAUCCCCGGCGUUGGCCCACUGUGUCUAUGAUUUCCUUGAGAACAAAGCCUACAGUAAAGGGAAGGGUGAUUUUGCUCGAAAGAUGGACACUUUUGUAAAUCCACUUCGCAACUCUAUGAGGAAUGUUUCAAAUGCAGUUAAAUCCCUUCCUGAUAGCUUGGCAGAAGGAGUGACAAAAAUGUCGGACAACGUGGGCAGAAUGUCAGAGAGAUUAGGGCAAGACAUAAAGCAGUCAUUUUUUAAGGUACCUCCUUUAAUUACGAAGACUGAUUCAGAUCCUGAACAUUGUCGAGUCUCAGCUCAGCUUGAUGAUAAUGUGGAUGACAAUAUUCCACUAAGGGUGAUGCUGCUUCUAAUGGAUGAGGUGUUUGACUUAAAAGAGAGAAACCAGUGGCUGAGAAGGAAUAUCAAGAACUUACUCCAGCAGCUUAUUAGAGCUACGUAUGGUGAUACUAUUAACAGAAAAAUAGUUGACCAUGUUGACUGGAUGACGUCACCGGAACAAGUAGCUGACUCGGUGAAACGUUUCAGAGAUGCAUUUUGGCCCAAUGGCAUUUUAGCAGAGACAGUUCCAUGCAGAGAUAAGGCUAUUCGAAUGAGAACAAGAAUUGCAGGAAAAACAAAAUUAUUUGCAAUUAUGCCAGAUGAACUGAAGCACAUUAUUGGAGCUGAGACAACACGGAAAGGUAUUCUUCGUGUUUUUGAAAUGUUUCAGCACAACCAGUUAAAUAGGAGAAUGGUGUAUGUCUUCUUAGAAGGCUUUUUAGAAACCUUAUUUCCACAGUAUAAAUUUCGUGAACUUUUCAACAAACUUCAUUCAAGGUCAAAGCAAAUGCAGAAAUAUAAACAAAAACUUCAAAGUACUCAAGCGCCUUCUUUACAGAAAAGGUGACACUCAUCUUGUGAAGCUGGUGUUCAUUUUGUCCAGGACUCAUGGUGUGGACAGAUCUUCUGGGGUGUGACUCACAUACCGCUGUGUCUACACCAGUCUUUCCAUGUCUCAAAACAGAGUACUAGUACAUCCGUAAGACUGGUUCUUCUCAUUCUCAUCUGUAAUCCAGCCACUACCAAGAGAGAUUCCUGUGUCUUACAUGAUUUGGUGCAUAAUUUGCAACACUGAGAGGAUACUGCCCCGUCUCAUUCAAGAAUGGAGUUGGUCUCUUCUGUUCCAAACUAAUGAGCAUUCUCUCCCAGUGCCAGAGUGCCAGAGAGCGUGUGUGAGAGUGAGGGAAGCACAAAACAAUGGGUCAUGGGUAACUUAACUAACUACUGUAGUAGCUGUAGACCGCAGUGGAUAAUUGGAGAGAUUUGUUUCACUCAAGGAUCUUGUGGGUCGUCAGCAUUUUGCUAUCAUGUGGGUUAGCAGGUGAGUGAUCUUUAGAACAAUUGUUCAAUUGUUUCAAAGUGGCCUGGGCAAAGUGAUAGAAAUAAUGCCCUUAGUGUAGGAAAUAGCCCUUCCCAAAUUACAGUCUUGUGUAAAGAAAGCACUAUAAAAUAAAACCAAUCAAACCCAGAAUUUGAUUGGACUUAUUAUUCAUUGAUAGAAAUGUUCAUUGAUUUUCUUUUUUAUGUGCUGUAAGGGCUGGGCUUUGCUCUUAUGGUUCUCAACUCUCCACUUCUCCUUUGGCAUUCUGUGCAGAAGAAGCAUGUGGUAGCUCUCUUAUGAGUUCAAAGUUUUUUUAAUCUUUUAACAUUACUGAUUAUAUAGAAGGGAAAUUAUUUAUUGUAAGAACUGCCAAAUACAUUGUCCUUCUAAAAAUUGGAAAUUAAAACAGUACUCUAUUGAAAGUUACCAUAUGAUAACUUUAAAUCGUAUGAUCUAGACAUGCCUUAGGUAACUACCAAUAUAGCAAAUCAAAGAAUUAAUGAGCUUAUAGUCCUAUGUAAACAUACAAAUGCCUAAUUCUACUGUGUGUACAUAUAUGAAAAUAAAUAAUGAAAACAGAACUGUACUAUUUUUAAAAAUAUGCUUUUAUUUAUAUUUCGCAUAAUGUAAAAUUCUAAAUAAAGCUAGUACACAAAACCCUUUGGUGUAUACAUUUAACGCCCUAAUAUUUUAUAUCAGUGAAACAAAAUACCUUUUCCAGUUGUGAAGCCUUUGCAUUUCCUAGUGUUCUCUCCAUUUUGUCCAUUAGGAAGUCUUCAUAUCCCAUAUAUGCAGGAUUUCUGUACUUUUAAAUACUUCCAAUGACUAAGGGUUUAGAUAUAUCAGCUCUUUUUGUUUUAAAAAUAUUUAACACUAAAACCUUAAAAUAGUGAAACUACUUUUCAGACCACUGAGCCAGUAUCCUGAUAUUUAAAGAAUGUUUGGGUGCUUAUUGUAAAGGGACAGAGUAUUGAUAAUCCAGAAGAUUGGAAUAGGAUUUAGUCUUGCUGUCACUCAGAUUCUUCUUAACCAGUGAAGCCUAAUACUAAGAGGGAAGCCUUCCUGGAAAGCUUUAUGAUGCUCAGUGCUGUGUGCAUAUGUGUAGUAUGCACAUAGUCAGCAUGUGUUGCAUGUCUUUCAGAAUUACAUAAGUAAAACCCCUUUUCGAAACUUGCAAGUGAGGAAAGAUUGUUUCUCUGGCAGAAGAACCAUUUCCUGUACUCCUGCCCCUGCCCUGCUGGCCCUUCAUUGGCCCCAGGCUUAAAAUUGGAUGCAUCAAGUGUGUAGAAAGCAUCAGCAUGGCCACAAGUGCAAUAAUUUCAUACAUAGCCUCCUGUUUCAAUUAUAUUUUUACAUGAAUACAUUUAAGUGUAUACAGAAGGAUUCUUGCAAGAGCCUAGUGUGUACAUGUGAAAAGUGUUUCUAUAUAAAGUGAGAAAACUGUCAACCAGGGGAAAAAGAGGUCGUAUAAACUGCAGAUCUUCUCACAGCCCUGCAAGACAACUGCAGUCACACCAAAACCAAACAAAGAGCAAAAACAAAACUAUUUGAGUAAAUGUUUUUUUUAAGGGAAUUUUUGUUGAGAAGCAUUUAUAUUUCUGGAGCUGAAAUGUCAAAUGGCCACGUGUCUGUGCACGGCUGUGUUUUACAACGAAGAGUGUGGCCGUGCUAUAGCUACAGAUAACCUAGGCUUGGUCCAGCUGUGUAGAGUAUUUAACCCAUAAGCAAAGGACAGUGUUCUACGUUUAAUAAAGUUACUAUAUUUUGUGCAUUUGUUGCACAUAUGAACAUAUACACAAAGAGGCUGUAUGUCUUCUGCUGAGUGCUUUUAAGUCAGUGGUGCCUUUAGGCAAGAACCAUCAAAAUUAAUCAUUCUUUUGGGUUUUCUGAUAUUUUUUUCAGGUAGUGUAAAACUGCAAAGAAACCAUCAUAGCUUAUUCACCUACAGUUUGAUUGUGUGACUUAAACGUAGCACUUAGAUGAGUAUUUUCUAUAAUCCGAGUGUUCCAUGUAGUUGCUGGAAACAGUUGUGCCAUUGACCAGUGGAUGCACUUUGUUAGCCUUAAUUUAAAACAAAAAAAAUUUAUUGAAUAUAACAGUUUGAUCACUAUAAGUUUGCUGCAGGUGUUUGGGGAAAAAAUCGUUAAGUGCAAUGAAAGUGUACCAUUUUUUAAAAAAAGAAAUUAAGAACAACAUAAAUUUUACAAUCUACAGUUUUAAUUUUGUGCAAUAUUUUCAUUUAAUGCAUGUUUAUUUGAGUAAUUGUAAAAUAACUACAUUUUUAAUGUUUUGAAAUCCAAUUUAACUGUCUUCUUAACCCAACAACUUCAUUCUGUUGUUGCUGCACCUUAAUUAAGGACUUGUUUUAAAAGUCUUUUUGUCACUCCUUGUAAAAUUCUUUUCUUAGUAGAAUACUUUUGCUUAUGGGAGCAUGGCUCCUGUGUUAUAAGGGAAAACUAAAGAGCACAUUUUAGGAUUUUAAUUGUUACAAAUUACCUUGUGCAUAUCAUUGUACAUAAGUGUCAAUCGUGCCUAACCGCUCUCUAUCAAUGCUCUCCUUCUCUAACCAAGGGGAAAGAAUCAGAAUGUCAGUUAUUUUUAUUAACUACAGAAAUUAAAAUUUUUAUUUGGUUUGUGUUACGUUCUGUCUGUUAGAAAAUACUAAUAAAGUAUUAAACGAUUCUGUUGA